AUGCCUAUUAUAACAGGACCAGCAUUAGGAGAAACAGGACACAGCGUGAUCUUCAACUGCUCGGCCUCCUCUCAGCCUCUCAGCCAGUUCAGCUGGUUCUUCAAUGGUUCCCAGGUGGCGACUGGCUCAGUUUAUAAGAUUGGCUCACUGACCUUAGCCAGUCAUGGGGAGUACACCUGCGUGGCCUUCAACAACAUCACUUGCAGAAACAGCACUGUCUCCAAGAUGCUCACUGUUGUUGGUGAGUCACAUUCUGACAACGGAGACUAUCAGCGUCUCUGCCUACAACCCCUGAGCAACAUGACCAGCCCAGAAUACAGACUGACCGUCAACUAUGGUCCAGAGAGACCUGUUAUCACGAGUCCGGAUAUAGCGAUGACAGGACACAGCGUGACCUUCAACUGCUCGGCCUCCUCUCAGCCUCUCAGCCAGUUCAGCUGGUUCUUCAAUGGUUCCCAGGUGGCAACUGGCUCAGUGUAUAAGACUAGCCCACUGACCUUAGCCAGUCUUGGGGAGUACACCUGUGUGGCCUUCAACAACAUCACUGGCAGAAACAGCACUGUCUCCAAGAUGCUCACUGUUGUUGAGGCUAUAAAGUCGGUGAUGGUGAAACGAAGCAAAAUACCGAUAGCAUCUGACAACCUAACCCUGACCUGUGAUGUCACCGGGCGCUGA